UGCUAGUUAUCCUUCAUCACCUAAAAUCACAAGCCCAAUACGACCAUGCCUCUUACAAUCACCAUUCCCCAGGAGUACGGCUAUGUCCUGCUCUGCAGUACCGCGACCUUCAUCCUGUCGAACUGGCAUGCAAUGCGCGUCGGGUCCUUCCGCAAAUCCGCCCAAAUCCCCUUUCCUAAUCAUUUCGCGACGCCUGAGCAAAUAGCAGCAGCGAGCGGAGACCGAAAGGAAGCCAUGCACAUCUUCAACUGUGCCCAACGGGCUCACUAUAAUUUCCUCGAGAACUACGUGAGCUUCCUGCCGGCGCUGCUCAUUGCGGGCCUGAAAUUCCCGGUGUCGGCCGCCAUUACCGGUGCGGUGUGGUCGGUGUUCAGGAUUGUGUAUGCCGUCGGGUAUACCAAGAAGAAUACACCUAAUGGGAAGGGGAGGAUCGCGGGACUCUACUUUUGGCCGACUCAGCUCGUGUUGUACGGUUUGGCUGGAUAUACCGCAUACAGCCUUUUGUAAGACUGGUGGCCCAAGAUCUUAUAGUCUUCCCAUACCUUAUCUAAACGACAAAUGCAAUUUCAUCUUAAUGCUGCCAUU